UUUAGUUACCUCUAAGAAGACCAGCUGCAGCCUUUCAGAAGUAGUACUUUUAACAGAGUAAAUAGGUGUGAAUUAUCGUCAGCUUUUAAAACUAAGUUUCAGAUUUAAGAAAAUGAAGACGAGGGGAAAUUUUCAGCUUCAAAGGGUGAUAGGAUAUUUCCAUGGAACAAUUAUUUUAUUCAGUAUCAUAAUAGGUGCAGGUAUAUUUCUGGCUCCUAAAGGGGUAUUAAAAUACUCCUCGCUCAAUGUGGGGGUCUCCCUAAGUAUUUGGGCUGCCUGUGCUGUCGUGUCUAUGGUGGCUGCUCUGAGUCAUGCAGAACUGGGGACCACUUUCCCUAGAAGUGGAGCACAGUAUUAUUUCCUCAAGAGAUCUCUUGGACCCCUUAUUUCUUUCUCCUAUAUCUGGGUCAAUCUAUUUGCUUCCCCGGCAGGAACUGCUGCACGGAGCUUGCUACUAGCAGGCUAUAUCAUACACCCUUUCUAUCCUGGAUGUUCUGUUCCUGAGAUGCCAAAGAAAUGUUUAGCGUUGGCCAUUGUAUGGUGUUUGGGAAUUCUGAAUGCUCGAGGAGUAAAAGAAGUGACCUGGUUUCAGACUCUCAGUACCAUUGUGAAGAUGGCAGUGCUCUGCUUCAUCUCUCUAACUGGAAUCGUGCUGUUGGUGAGGGGUAGAAAGGAGAACCUAGCUAGAUUUGAGAAAGCGUUCGAUGCUGAAGUUCCAGAUGCCUCGCAGAUUGCAGAAGCCUUCUUACAAGGAUUAUAUGCAUAUUCAGGCUGGGGAGUCCUUGUUCGGAUAGCAGGAGAGCUGAAAAACCCUGGUGAGAAUAUCCCCAAAUGUGUGAUUACUGCACUCACCCUGGUGGCUCUGAUCUACUUAUUGAUUAACAUUUCCUACCUAGCAGUCUUGACUCCAAAGGAAAUCAUGUCCUCAGAUGCUGUUGCUGUCACCUGGAUGGAUAAAGUAAUCCCUUCUAUGCAAUGGGCUAUUUCCAUUGGUGUUUCUUCCUCAAUAUUUAGCUCCCUUAAUUGUACUAUAUUUUCAUCAUCAAGGGUACUGUACGUUGCAAGUCAGGAGGGUCAGCUACCAUUGAUCCUCUCAACUCUUAACGUCCACUCCUGUCCAUUGGUCGCUGUGCUUCAGAUGACCAUUCUUGCCUCCUUUAUAAUUAUUCCCUCAGACUUAGUCCUUUUAGUAAACUAUGUGGGAUUCAUAGACUGGCUCCAACUUGGGCUAAUGAUGACGGGUUUACUUAAACUGAGAUUCCAGGAGCCCGACCUACCCAGACCUUAUAAGGUACGUUUGCCAUUUGUAUUUGGAACCAUCGCCAUGUCUCUGUUCUUAGUUUUGACACCAAUCCUCAAGUCUCCUAAUAUGCACUACACCUAUGUUCUUCUUUUUCUCUUCAGUGGACUUUUGUUUUAUUUUCCUUUUAUUCACUUUAACUUGAAUUGUCCGUAUUUCAACAAGAUAACUUGCUUUCUACAAUUACUGUUGAAUGUUUCACCUGGCAAUGACAUUGAUGAAUAUAUUUCAGCAGAAGGAACAUUAAAGAAAAAUCAACCUGAAAUUGCAGCAAAAACAGAAUAAGUUAUGCAUGUUUGGCAAAUGAUUGAUUUAAUUUGAUUUAUUAAAAGUAUCUUUAUUUUCCAGCCAGAGUAAUACUCUUUAUGCAUAUAUGUAUACCUGCUACAUUUGUAAAACGCAGCCAGCGCGAGAUAUCUAAUGUCCAAACUUUCACAUUGUAACUCUUUUUGUUUGUAACUGAAGCCUUAUUUCCCAAAUAAAGCACACUGAACCCAA